UGUGUACAUUCCACUGGGUGGGUCCCAGCAUGGCCUGCUGGGGACACUGCUCUCUACUGCAAUGACAUUUGCAUUUGUGAGCUACUGGCAUGGCAGCUAUGAGGACCUCUGGUGCUGGGCAGCGCUCAACUGGCUAGGAGUCACCGUGGAGAGUGGAGCCCAGAGGCUGCUGGAGAGGCCCUGUGUCCGGGAGACCUUGACCCAAUACCUCUCCCCACAAGCUCGCCGUCGGCUGCAUGCUCUGCUCGCCUCCUGCUCCACCUCUAUGCUGAUCCUGUUCAACCUGGUGUUCCUCGGGGGAAUUCAAGUUGGAAAAACCUACUGGUACAGGAUCUUCCUACAAGGCUGGCCAUGGGUGACCCUGUCUGUCCUGGGAUUCCUGUACUGCUACUCAAUUGUGGGUAUCGCCUGGGCUCAGACAUACACAAUUCUCUAA